AUUAUUGGCAAGAAGAGCCUGGUUGUACGCUAGCGGCGUGUUUCGGUUGCUAGGGUGAGCUGCGCACAACUCUUCCUGCGCUGGAAAGUCCACUGCGCUUGCGCGGCAUUCAAUCUGUGUCCUGCUGCAGAGAAGGCCGGGCUCAUGGAAGAGAAGAAGAAACACUGGGUUGAAGAGUUAUUUGCACCACGUUUUACUGCACAAGAUUUGUUCUUUGAGACUUUUGAACCAGAUCUUCUGCUGUCAGAAAAGUUGGCCAAGGAGAGAGCCAAGACAGUAAAGGUGAUCUACCAGGCUGCGCUUGAUGAACUUCAAGAAGAUGAAAAACAGAAACGAAAAGAUAAAUUAUCUAAACUGAUCAUUCGAGAUUACGAGUCUUCUGCCCAGAAAACACCUGCAACAGCCCAAUAUACUACCUGUGCAUCCUGUCAAAAAUUAAACGGCAGUUCUGCUACCACUGCAGGGGGUGACAAUAACAGAUGUAUCUGGAGUGAGCAAGAAAUAAACCUUUUAAGACAUGAAAUGAGUAAAAAUCAUAGCGAGGGAACUCGGCUAAAACUUCAGCUUGAAGCUUGCAAGCUUGCGCUGUCUGAACUAAAAGACAAACAAAAGAAGACGGAACAGGAGUUAGAGACUGCCAAAGCUGAGCUGGCUGCAUCAAAACGGUACACUGAAUGUAAAAGCGUUUUUCUAAAGCAGAUGCAGAAAGAUGGCUUGAAAAAAGAUGCAGAAAUUGUGUUUUUGAAAAAAGAUUUGCAAGAUAAAGCUGGAAUGCUACAGAAACUUGCAAGCAGUUUCCAUAAAGCCAGAAAGGAGAUGCAGGAUCUGCAGCUGCAAAAUAAUGACAUGGAGUAUGAGUUAAAGACUUUAAGACGGCAAAAAGGACUGGAAAAUAUAUUUGCUGUGGAGAACAUGAAACUGCAGUUUAGUAGGAAAGUAAAUAAGUUACGCGAGGAAAUAGAAUCCGUUAAAGCAGAAAGAGAAAAACAAAGGCUUCAUAUUUCUACAGAUGAUUUUGCCUUAAAGUGAACCUUUCUGUAAAUUUCAUACUUAAUCCCCAGCCUGUACUUGGCCCUUUCCGGCACCUAUACUUUUACCACUAUAUCCCCAUUGCCACCUUCUUCUUAGAUCCCAUACACACUAUUUUCUGCAGAUUUUUGUCUUCAGAUUUACAAAGACCAUGCAUGUAGUGCAAGGGCCUGCCUGAUUGCAUACAAAUUGAAACUCUUAAGGUGGGACCUCAUGUUAUAUGGUUUUGGUAAAUCUGAAGACAAAAAUCUGUGGGGUCUUAUACUUACCUAGUAUUGUCAACAGUUGCAUACAAAGGCUUAGUUUACACUUGAGGCUGAGGGGCGGUAAAAACAUGCAGUUGAAGGGGUUGUAAAGGUUUGUUUUUUAUUUUCUAAAUAGGU